UUCUUCCCUCUGCCUGGAUAUCUUUUACCAAUGUUACAUCAUCCCAAAAGUGAAUCUUUGAGAAAGACGGCAUCAAUAUGUGAGACUGUGAAUUUCCAGAACUUUCAUUUCAGGGUUUGGAUCACAAUUCUAGAAACCAAAUUUGGAAUAAGGGAAAUAUUUUAGCUUGUGUGGACUUGCUAUGCACGCACCACAAGUUAAGAGAGAAUCUUUUUGAAAUGUCUGGUAGUGGCAAGAAUGACACUCAGCAGACCUUAAAGCCAACUAGUUUAUUCUCUCAAACGUAACCAGUAACAGAGAACUUGAACUCACUUUAGCCACUCUCCCAAAACUACAGUGGCUGAAGAGGUCCAAAUUCCACAAUUCCAUCCUGACAAAAAGGACCCUUUUAUUGGGACUGAAGAGUGGUUUUCCCCUAACUGUCAUAAUAAAACUCUCAUGCAGAUGCCUCCUCCCAUCUCAUACCUUUUGGUGAGAGUAGUGUAGGUAUGGAAGUUGCUCUCAAAAUCUAAAAUUCACCAUACAAUACCUGUUUCACCCUAAAGUCAAACAAGCUACUACAUUAGAAAAUGCACAUAAUGUAUUUGGCUUUGUGUGCAAUUUAGAAUGAUCCAUAUUUUUAACAUUCUUUGUCUUCUGGGUGUUGUUUACAAAUGCAAAUCCAUAUUUUAUCAUUUUUGGGCAUAGUUCAAGGGACAGUGAGAUUUAACCAUGACAAACUUGCAGCACUUUUAAUUCUAUGCAGUAUUUUUGAAAAUCUUGCCUGUAAUAAACAAAUAAGCAGGAUUUAUUUUUGGCAACUGAGGAGCAUCAACUGCUGGUAGGUUUAAAAUAGAUGUCAUAUGAUACCAAUACCACAGUGAAGUGAAACUUAGUAGUCCUGUGAAAUCCUACAAAGGGCAAACCAAAAUGGAGGACAGUACUAUACUCCAUGCUUUUACUAACAUUUAUUUUGCAAUCUUUGCUUUGUUUUGUUUCAAGCUCUUAAUUAAAAUUUCUUUGGCUUUAUUGACUCAUUUCUAUAUUGUGAAAGGGAACAGAAAAGAGGCGGCCAGGAUAGCAGAAGAAAUCUAUGGAAUAGCCCCAGGCUCAUGGGCAGAUAGGUCUCCUCUCCAUGAAGCUGCAUUUCAAGGACGCCUCUUGUCUCUGAAAACUUUGAUAGCCCAGGGAUUCAAUGUGAACAUUGUUACAAUUGAUCGUGUUUCUGCUCUCCAUGAGGCAUGCCUGGGAGGCCAUGUUGCUUGUGUAAAACUCUUACUGGAGAAUGGUGCUCAUGUCAAUGCAGCCACAGUGGAUGGGGUCACACCUUUGUUUAAUGCUUGCUGUAGUGGCAGUGCAGCUUGUGUCAACGUAUUGCUUGAAUUUGGGGCCAGGCCACAUCUGGAAAAUCACUUUGCUUCCCCAAUUCAUGAAGCUGCAAAGAGAGGUCACAGGGAGUGUAUGGAAAUUCUUUUAACCAAUGGUGUGGAUGCAGACCAAGAAGACCCACGGCUUGGAACUUCUCUUUAUGUGGCCUGUGUGAAUCAAAGGACUGACUGUGUAAAGAAGCUUUUAGAACUAGGAGCCAGUGUUGACUUGGGUAAGCAACUAGACACUCCGCUUCAUGCAGCUGCUAGAAAAUCCAGUGUGGAAAUUGUCAAUCUAUUAACAGACUAUGGGGCCAGUUUGACAUAUCGAAAUUCUGAAUUCAAAUGCCCUCUGGAUCUGGCUGCUCCUAAUAGUUCUGUUGCACAGGCAUUGUUGCUUCGGGAAGGCCCUGCUAGUCUUGCCCAGUUGUGCCGGCUGUGUAUCCGGAGGUGUUUGGGACGAUCGUGUCUUUAUGUAGUCCACAAACUAUGCCUGCCUGAGCCACUUAAAAAUUUUCUUCUUUUUCAAUAGCUUUAUAUUUUAGGUUGAUAAAGCGAAGGGUUCUUAAAAUAAUUUUCCAAAACAGUGUUAGCCUACCCCUCAUACCCCACAUUGCUGAAAUAUGGAUCUCAUAUUAUUUUCCUGUAAAACUAUAUUGGCAGAAGCCAACUUCUCAUAUUUGGGGGUGUGAGUAGCAGAGUGUCCCAAACCUAAAAGCAGGCCUAAGGCAAUAGGUCUGUUUGCAAGAAGCUGGAAGCCUCAUGAACCAUGGACAUGCACUUUGAUUACCACACCCUGCUAAGCUGUCCAAGAGAACUCCUGGAUACUAGACGUUAUAUUUAAUCUGCUUUUGAGAAACCAUUUCCUCAACAAUUGCUCCUUCCCUGCAUUUCCACCACCUUUAGAUACAAUCUCCCUAACAAUCAAUCUCUUCCUGAUCCAAUCAAAGCCUCAGCCAAAUUGAAUACCUGGAUAGAGUCAUUCAGAAGACUCUCUGUUCAAAAGCCAAUCAAGGCUUUCCUGAUGUAAUCAAGAGACAAUUAUCCUGGGCAGUAGAAACAAUAGAUAGAGCUAUUAAUUAGCUCAAGCCAGCAAUCUCAGCAUGGGAAGUCCCAACAGAUUCAGGAAAACGAAACUGAAACUUACUUGUUCCUGCCCUUACCUGUGCAAAGGGGUAUAAAAGUACUGUGCACCCCAGACUCAGUGCUCUUUACUGGCUACACCUCUCUUGGUCUAGUU